CAGCUGCACACCGGAUGCGAAGCAGUCAUAAACGGUCACGACAAUGGACCCGCAUUCAAGACACUCCCAGUUCAAUCAACGAGCACCAAAAACUGGGCCAUUUUCACCCUCCGUGCGAUUCGAGCCAACCCAAAAGGCUACCCUAGACAAGUAUACCAAAGCCUCCUCGCCAUCCAUGCCAUCGGACUCGCCACUGUUAACCCCUCGCCCUAUCGCGACAAAUUCGCGGGUGAAGCAGGAUGAACAGUUCAAGAAGGAUAUGUUUCUCGCAUAUGUGAAUAAGGCCAUACGCGAGAAGCUCAAUGGCCAUAGCAAAGACUUUGAUGAUCUUGUUGACCAGUUUAGCCCGAACAAAUCUACGCUUGCACCUACUGUGCCGUCUAUUCAGCUCCGUAUAUGGCUUUCUGCACUCUCGCACGUCCUUUCUCGCCUCGAGAGGCGUCAUGCGCCACUGGUAGAGGCAAUCGUUCGCUUACCAUGGUCUGCCAUGGAUGCUGUAUUCGUCAAGUCGUACAUCGUAUUCAUCGGCAUGCUCAUUAGUGCGCGUCCAGAAUACCUAUCGCUUAUUCUCAAUAGAAUAGCGAUGGGUUUCACUUAUCAAUCUGGUAUUCUCGCCGUUACCUCCAAUUUAGAAGGUUCCACCCCUGUAACGAGACGUGUGAUCUACGAUCGACAGCAUGCUCUUCUCGAGCAUCUCUUUAACCUUGUACCAACUCUCCCAUCAUCACUGGCUCCUCUCCUCGUACGAAAUUUCCCCCACAAACGACAGCCACAAGCUGCGCAUGUAGCUUAUAUACGAAAUUUGCUGCGUGUAACCGAGUAUUGUGGUGAACUUUCAGAGAGGGUCCUAGGCCUUAUCGUGGAUCGGGCCUUGAUGGUCGAUGUGGAAAUUCAGGUAGAGCUCGAAGAGCUUGAAGAUACUGAGCCUACGGACAGCGAACUUUUUGAAUUUGAUCCGUUUGAUACCAUCGUCGGGCAAGAGGGCGACUCUUCUUCUGAUGAGGAUGAUGUUGACGAUGAUCUGAGCGACCUAUCGUCGGAUGCCUCGUCAGAUAAUGGUGCUGAAGAUGCCCCCACAGACACCAGGCACAUUCAUGACAUGGUCUCGAAACUUGACGCGAUUCUCAGGCUCGUAUUUGACCACUUUAACAAUUUGCAUUCAUCCAUACCCACCGUCCUCUUACCCUCUUCCGAAUCCCUUCAUCCAUCAACUACGCACGAGCACGAGCCACAUACGCUUCUCGCAAUUCAAUUUCACACUCUCCUAGCCAUCUUCGACAGAACUAUCCUCCGCACUUUCAAGUCCCGAUAUACUCAGUUCCUCCUGUUCUGGUACGCUUCCCUUCAUCCCGAGUUCUCGGACCUUUUCCUGGGGCUACUUGUCGACAAAGCCCUCUUUGGAAGCGCAAGCGCAAGUGGGGUGGAACGUGCCGCAGCAAGCAGUUAUAUCGGAAGCUUUGUCUCUCGCGCACAGUUUAUUGAUCGUGAGGGCGCACGGAGGGCCGUUAAAGUCCUAUGCGCAUUUCUUGGAGCACACCUGGAUGCCGUUGAGGCUGGCAAUGCCUCUACCAACAAUCACAGUGUUUUCUAUGCGGUCGUCCAGUCUGUGUUCCUGAUAUUUUGCUUCCGUUGGCGUGACUUACAGGAGGAACCGGGCGAACAAGAGGUGGGGCAGAAGAUAUGGAUAAGCGAGCUAGGAGUCGUGCAGAGAGUCAUCACAUCUGACUUGAACCCUCUCAAGGUUUGCUCUCAGAACGUCGUACAUCAAUUUGCGCGUAUUGCGCAAGCAACUGAUUUCACAUACUGCUUCUCCAUUCUGGAGGCGAACAAACGGGCACCGUACCCUGUGUUUGCUGGUGUAGCACCCGGUAGCGCUGGCCCAGAGGAUCUGCACACCUUUUUCCCUUUCGAUCCCUACAAGCUACCACGCUCAGGCGAGUACAUACAAGGCGUGUAUCGAGAGUGGGCAGCGGUGGCUAUUGGCGAUGAUGAAGAUGAAGACGAGGAUGAGGAUGAUCUGAUAGAGGAGGGCCCGAUAGCUGAUGACUGGGAACAUGCACGAGGUGGCUCGAGCAUACCCAUCACUGCCUCGAAACGCGGAGAGUCAGACGACGAUGGAUUGGGCGCGUCCUUUGGUGGAAUGAGCAUCAGUCCAGCUCGGACAAGGACGGUAGCGAUGGCGAUUUCCGUCUCGUGAUCGCUUGCUAUCGUCUUCAUUCAUCACCCGGCCGCCAUCCACCCACUAUGCUUCCCAGAACACCAUAAUCGUGCUAUUACAAAUACCAACGAUAAGAAACCAAA